AUGAUCAUAAAGGUUAACCUCAAAAGAAAGGAGUUGGAUGGAAUCUCUCGAGUUUACUUCCCUUUCCUCCUUAUGUUCUUCCUCCUUCUCUCUCCUCCUCCUCUACGUGCCUCAGAGUUCCGCCAUUACACAGUGCGCAGGUGUUUCGAUGCUCAGCGAGACCGGAGAAUACAAGAGCGAGACCGGAGAAUACAAUGCGAGACCGAAGAAUACAAUAGCGAGACCGGAGAAUACAAUAGCGAGACCGGAGAAUACAAUAGCGAGACCGGAGAAUACAAGAGCGAGACGGGAGAAUACAAGAGCGAGACCGGAGAAUACAAUAGCGAGACCGGAGAAUACAAGAGCGAGACGGGAGAAUACAAGAGCGAGACCGGAGAAUACAAGAGCGAGACCGGAGAAUACAAGAGCGAGACCGGAGAAUACAAGAGCGAGACCGGAGAAUACAAGAGCGAGACCGGAGAAUACAAGAGCGAGACGGGAGAAUACAAGAGCGAGACCGGAGAAUACAAGAGCGAGACCGGAGAAUACAAGAGCGAGACCGGAGAAUACAAGAGCGAGACCGGAGAAUACAAUAGCGAGACCGGAGAAUACAAUAGCGAGACCGGAGAAUACAAUAGCGAGACCGGAGAAUACAAGAGCGAGACCGGAGAAUACAAUGCGAGACCGAAGAAUACAAUAGCGAGACCGGAGAAUACAAUAGCGAGACCGGAGAAUACAAUAGCGAGACCGGAGAAUACAAGAGCGAGACCGGAGAAUACAAUAGCGAGACCGAAGAAUACAAUGCGAGACCGAAGAAUACAAUAG